UUGCUGUUUUUUUAAAUUUUGUUUUAUCUAAGAAUAAGUCUAUCUAAUUGUUAUUUCGGUUUCUUAAAUUUCGAGGAUUUGUAUUUGAAAAGGCAUGAUGUUGGCUUUUUGUGGUUCACUGACAUUCCUGAUGGUUUUGGUCACAGCGGUUUCCACACUGGUUCCGCCUCCAGAAAAUGUGACGGUGAGCUGCAACAACUUACAAACAACUGUUUAUUGGAACUACAGUGAACUGCUUCGUCAACCUCUCUUCAGAUUGAAAAUAACUGGUGAUCACAGUUUGUGGGAGAAUUCCACUAAACAUCAUCAUUUUGACCUCUCCCCCUUGAUGUGGAAUGCUAAAGAACCGGAUCGUUACUAUGUGAAGAUAACGGCCAUUGACGAAACGGAGGAAUCGGCCUCUCAGAAGUCCUCGAUAUUCACAUUUAAUAGAUAUCUUAUAGCUGACAUAUACUGCAAGUUGGAUUUCCCUGCUGUAAAUGUGUCAAUGAAGGAUAUGAAGGUCACAGUGAGCUUCGACAACCCUUACCACCUGUACACAGAACUGAAAGAGUCUCGCAUUGGUGAAGAUGACAAACGCUUCCUUUACCAAGUAACCUAUGAAAAUACUAAUCACACAUUUGAGUGCCAGAUAGAAGACAAAGUCUGUAGUCAUCCCUUCACAGUCCUGGAGAACAAGGAGAAGUACUGUGUUAGUCUGGAGGAGAAUGCAAUGGGCAACAAAGUUAUGUUCAGCAGAAUAGGACCCAUCUGUGGCUAUGAAGACAAAACAAUUUCACUGGAAUCAUCUUUGCUCAUGCUUUUGCCAUUGAUCAUCAUUGGCAUUGUGGCCUUUGUAGUCUUUGUGACGAUAAAGCUCUGCCAGAGAAGCAUGCGGAAAAGAAACUUGUCCAAUUUUCCAAAGACUUUGGCUUCAAUCUUAUCAAACCCACAUGACAAGAAUAUAAUGGACCUGCAAUUUGAGAUCAUAGCGCACAUCAGUGGCAUAGAACCAGUUACCACCACAUCCCAGAGCCUGUUGGAAACUUCAGAAGAGGAGGAGGAACCGACCACUAGCGUUGGAUUUUCGGCUAACCCCUUUAGUUCUGGGCAGGUGGGGGAGGGCUUAUCGGACAGCAGAAGCCAAUUACGGACUGAGCUUCAGGUGACACAGCCACGCUCUGUGCUGCUGUGUGGAGAUGACUCAAUGACAUUGGAGGACAUGUAUUCCACAGCUUCUGGCUAUGACAGACAACACAUCCCUCCACCAGAGGUGGAGGUGGAGAUGAGUGCAGGAGAUGUAGUGGUGGGCUAUGGCCCCACCUGAGCACCUCUGAACUCAGGCCUCUGUAACAAAAAAAACACCUUUCAAUGGAUGGAUUAAGAACAAUGACAUUUGACUUCACAGAACUGGUUUACCUAGGUACACUGAUACACUAUCAUGCCUAACUGAUUUUCAAUCAUGUCCUCAUUGGUGUAGCUCUUCAUUCAAAGACUCAAUCAUGGGCACGCUUACUGAGGUGUUGCUGCUUCGCGUGAUGUAUUGUCUCUACCUUCUUGCCCUUUGUGCUAUUGUCUGUGGCCAAUAAUGUCUGUGUAAUAAUGUU